AUGUCUUUUGCAGGUGUUUCUUCUGCCGAGAUCAUUUUGGACUCAGGUGCAGAUACCAGCGCACUGCCGUUGACUUACGCUGAUGUUGGUGAAUCAUGUCAACAUGAGACAGCUGGACAGGAUUUCAUUGAUGCACAAGGUGGAAAACUUGACAUACGUGACACAAGACUUGCAACUGUUGACCUUGGCAAUGGAGUGAUUUUGCGUGAACGUUUCAUUAUUGCAAACAUCAGUUGUCCUUUGCUUGCACUUGGUCACAUAGUUCGAGCAGGCUGGGAGAUUCAGCAUUUCAGUGAUGGAGUUUUUCUUGUGAAGAACGGCAAGUUUGUCAACGUGAGCUUCAAGCGCAACUCACUUUGUGUGAAAGGUUCCAUUCGAAUGAUUUCUGAGGAUGACUGUUUGAGUCCAACUUCAACAGCUCCAGGACCAAAGGCCUUGAGAGCAAUCCAUUUGCAGCCAGUGUUGAGACGUUUGCUCCCUGGAUGGAACAAAGUGAAUCCACAGGUCUAUGCAUUGACCACUCGACGUGCAAGGUUUGUGGAUGCUACACUUUGCCCUGGAGGUGAGAUGAUGUGGUACAGAACAACGUUGGUGUUUCGAGAUGCUCAAGGUUGGGAGUUGCUUGAAUUUGGAGAACCUAUCUCAGAAUUGGAAGACUUGGAAGGUGAAAUUUACGACCCAGAAUCUGUUGUAGAAGUUCUCACACUUGCGCAUGCUCACAACGUUGCAUCAGAACAGCUUGGUUUUGCCUUGGUAGAUGGAGAACAGGCACCCCAUUUUGACGCAGACGUCUUGGUUGGAGAACCUGGUGAUGGUGACACAGGUGAACAGGAACAUGCCCCACAACCUGUGCAAGAGGUCCCAGCUGAAUUGCCUGAUGCAGAGCCGUUAGAUGAGGAACGCGUUGUGCCAUUUGCAGAUGAGAGUACAGUGACAGUUGAUGGAGUGGUGCUCAGUUGUGACAACACUUUGAAAGCUCUUCGAGCUGGAUGUGAAGUUUUGGGUUUGUCAAAGCGUGGUUCCAAAAAGGAAUGUAUGCAUCGCAUGUUGGAGUUUGUGAAGACUCGUGAGCUCAUGGAAGCCCAUGCAGUGGAGGCUACCCUCAAAAAGGAUUCAGAACGUGUUGCAAUCCCUCAGAAGAAACCUGUUGAGCCCACGGAGUCCAUGAAACAAGAGGACAAUUUGCCUCACGAUGCCAAGAGCUUGAGCACACGCUUUGUGCGCACCUGGAGAGAAAAGAAGGACAAGGAAGGCAAUGCUAUCUGGUUACGUCGUAGUCGUUUGGUUGCAAGGGAGUACACAUGGUUGCAGCCUGACAGAGAAGCACUUUUCUCACCGGCUACUUCGAACAUUGCCAGCCGCAUCUUGCCCAUUUGCUUUUUGGCCCUGCGAGAGCAUCAAGACACGAUGAUGUUGGCCAUUGACGUCAAAGACGCUUUCUUGACAGUGAGGCAGGAACAGCCAACACGUGUACGUUGCACAGAUGCCUCAGGGAAAAGCGUUUCAUACAGCUUAGGUCGAGUUCUUCCGGGUCAGCGUGAUGGCAGCCUUUUGUGGCAUCGAGAUUUGGUCAAGUUUGUUGGUGAAAGCACCCUUGGAAUGGAGGAAUUUGAAGUUUAUCCAUCCAUCUUACGUUCCAAACUUGGUGAUUGCUUGCUGAUGAUUCACGUGGAUGACCUCUUGGUGGUUGGGUCACGCAAAGCAGUGACAGAACAGCUGAUCCCACACAUGCAAUCAAGGUAUGAAGUUUCCAUCGAGAUCAUGUCCAAUGUUGGCGACGAGUUGACGUUUCUAAAGCGCACCCACCAGCUUUUAGAAUCUGGACGCAUGGUGGUGAAGAUCCAUGGAAAGCACCUGGACCAACUUUGCAAGUUGUUGCAACUUUCAAAGCGCAACCAUCGUGACAAGCUGGAUCACCUUGUUGACCUUGUACAUGGUGUUCCUGUGGAUGCGCAAUGA